GGCGGUCCGCAGACAGUGAGGUGUUGUUUUUAUUGACGCUUUGAGGCGGCGUCCAGUCUGAUACGUUCUUACCGUCGGAACGUUAGUAGUAAACUGGACGAAGAAAGGACUGCGUUUUUUAAAAACCAUAAACAAAAGAACUUUAAAUAGUUUACAAAACAGGAUAUCAACACUCGCAGGUCAGUUUUAGUUAUGGGUUUACGUAAAGAUGUAUUUUUAAGUCAUUUGACAGAUUAUUCACCUCGGUGUACUUAUACACAACAACUACAUUUGUGGACUGAAGUACAUGUGGGACAAUCUUAAAACAAUUUUAUAGUCAAAAGUCUUGUUUUUGGACACAAUUAUGGAUGGAUCAAAAGAGAUAGAGACCACAUCAUCUUUCAAUAAAACCAAAGAAAUAAACAGGACUUAUGUGGUCUCAGCACUCACAAAAUGUGGAGAAAACGCAUUUAAAACACCAUCCUCUGGUGCCAGACUCACUCUUCAGAGAAAGCCCAGCAGAACCACUGCAAACCACCACGAAGAAACCACACAGGAGAACCAAAGAGGAGAGAAACGCCUGACCCUUCAGCGCCGCACCAGAACCAAAGUCCUGACCGAACCCAAUCCAGCACCAUCUUCAGCAAAAGAGACCCACAAAACCAUCAAAACACCUGGGAAAACCUGGAGUGCUCAGAAAACAAGUUCUGAGAAGGUCAGUGCCACCCAUGAUGAGGGUAAACCCGUUUCGACACCUACAAGAAGAACCCAGUUUGAGAAAUUAAGCGUCAAGAGAGACGUCUUUGAGAGGCUGGCUGGUAAAGAUGCAUCUAGACCCGCAUCUUCCAAACACACAACCGCUGGAAGACAGAAGCCACCGCAGAUGAGCACUGAAACUGCAAAAUCAACAUGUGGAGCAACAGGUGAGAAGGUUCAGAUUGGUGGUUUAAAUAGGCACAUGACACCAGCCUCACGUUCAGCACAGGUGAGGAGACCCACAGCCCUAAUGAGCUCCACAGCUCAUGGAGGAACAGGUGUUUCUAGAGCUGCUCCUGCUGAAGGACAUGUUCCUCUUGAAGCUGUGAGCAGAAUGAGUGCUCUACAACCCCAAGAGCUGAAGAUGGAGAACAGUGCGGUCACUGUUGCAGUUCGAGUAAGACCUUUCAGUUCAAGGGAGAAGAACGAGAAAGCCCGUCAAGUCAUCUUCAUGAACGACCACAAAACUGUUGUGCAACAUCCAGAUACUAAACAAAGCUACACAUUUACCUUUGACUUCUCUUUUUGCUCUAUUAAUGAAUCGGAUGCAAGCUUUGCCAGUCAGCAGGUGGUUUAUGAAAAACUGGCUCGGCCCUUGCUUGAAAGAGCAUUUGAAGGAUUUAACACGUGUCUUUUUGCAUACGGCCAAACGGGUUCUGGAAAGUCCUACACUAUGAUGGGUUUUGGUGAAGAGGCUGGCGUUAUUCCCAGAUUCUGCAAGGAACUUUUCUCGAGAUUGUCUAGAACUGAAAACAAAGAGAUCUCCUGCCAUCUGGAGAUGAGCUAUUUUGAGGUGUACAAUGAGAAAAUCCACGAUUUGCUGGUGGCAAAGGACGAGCAAAACCAGAAGAAAAUGCCUCUGCGUGUCAGAGAGCAUCCUGUCUAUGGGCCUUAUGUUGCAGACCUGUCCACGAAUGUAGUCACAUCUUAUGCUGAUAUUAAGACUUGGCUUGAACUCGGCAACAAACAAAGAGCCACAGCCGCCACCGGCAUGAACGAUAAAAGCUCCAGAUCACACUCUGUUUUCACUCUGGUCAUGAUGCAAACUAAAACAGAGUUUGUGGAGGAAGAGGAGCACGAUCACUGCAUCACCAGCCGGAUAAACCUGGUGGAUUUGGCUGGAAGUGAGCGCUGUACUUCAGCCCAGACCAGUGGAGACCGGCUCAGGGAGGGAGCGAGUAUCAACAAGUCUCUGCUCACGCUGGGAAAGGUGAUCUCAUCACUCUCAGAACAGGCUCAGACCAGAAAGAAAGUCUUCAUCCCGUACAGAGAGUCAGUGCUCACAUGGUUACUCAAGGAAAGCCUUGGUGGAAACUCCAAGACGGCCAUGAUCGCCACCCUGAGCCCUGCGGCCAGUAACAUGGAUGAGAGCCUGAGCACGUUACGCUACGCCCAGCAGGCCCGUAUGAUCAUUAACAUAGCCAAAGUCAACGAGGACACCAAUGCCAAACUGAUCCGCGAAACACUGCACCGCACCUCUCCUCUAGAGGGCAGGAUAUUCACUAAUGGGACGUCCUCACGCGCUGGCGUCACCUUUAAAGUUGACAAUCGGCUGCCUAACCUUGUGAACCUGAAUGAGGAUCCGCAGCUGUCAGAGAUGCUGCUGUACAUGAUUAAAGAGGGCGAGACCAAGGUCGGCAAGCUCAAGUCUGAGUCGGCCCACGACAUCCAGCUGUCUGGAGCUCUCAUCGCUGAUGAGCACUGUGUCAUCUCUAGUGUGAAAGGUACCGUCAGCAUUAAACCGAUGGCAAAUGCCAAGACCUUCAUGAAUGGACAUCUUGUGCCUGAGUGCACCGUUCUCCACCACGGAGACCGUGUGAUUCUUGGAGGAGAUCACUAUUUUCGGUUCAACCACCCCGCUGAGGUUCAGAGCGGGAAGCGUGCGUCCUGUUGGAACAGUGGAGAUGGUCAAAAGGACUUUGAGUUUGCUAAAAACGAGCUGCUGUCGGCCCAGAGAGCUCAACUUGAAGCGGAGAUCGAGGCAGCUCAGUUGAAGGCCAAAGAGGAGAUGAUGCAGGGCAUUCAGGUGGCAAAAGAGAUGGCACAGAAAGAGCUGAGCGAGCAGAAGAGUCAGUACGAGAAGAGGAUCAAAGCUCUGGAGCGAGAGCUGGAGGAGGAGAGUGAACGGAAGAGAGACCAGGAGCUGGAUAAAAAGAGGGUCGUCGGUCAGAUAGAGCAACUGCAGACAGCAAAGUCUAUGCUGGAGCAGGAAGUCAACACCCAUAAGAGACGUCUGCAGAUGGAGGCCCAGGCUACUAGACAGGCAUUGGCCGAUCAUGAUAUCCGGCAUGCUAAAAUUGUAGAGGCGCUUGAAGCAGAGAAGAGGAAGAUUGCAGAAGAUCUUGCUCAGAUUGAGAGAAAACGUGCUCAAAAAAUGGUCCAGGCCACUAAAACGGUCUACCCACAGUGGGAUGCCUUGAAGCUGUCUUUGAUGAUUGAAGAAGCAAACAAAAUCAGUGCCAAUCUCAGGAAACACACAGUCUUCAGCAGACAUGAGGCAACUGAUAAAGAGAGCGAGGGUGAAGACGCCCAACUGCAGGUCCAAGUUCAGAACACCAAACUAGGAAUUUCCACCUUCUGGAGUCUGGAGAAGUUCCAGAGCAACUUGGCUGCCAUGAGAGAGCUUGAGCAGGGGGAGAGCGCCUCUAAAGAUGAUGACGUGUUUUACGACCCUAAUGAUGAGUGGGAACCAGACCUAUCUGCCUCUUCCUCAACCUCGUCUUUCUCUCGCAGAAGGAGUAGAAGUUUGCUAAAGAGCAGAAGGAUUUCUGGCCGUCUCUAUGAGAUCCGAGUGCACCCCAUUCAAAGCCUGCAUUGUGCUCCCUCACAGUCCACUGGGCUGAUGAACAAGCCCCCCUCUCUGCACUCCAGCACCUCUGACUCCGCCCUCCCAGCCAUCUGCAAAGGUCUGAUUGGCUCUGCCGUUGCUCGUCUGCGCUCCUGCCAAUCAGCUGAGGAGAGCGAAAGCUUGGCCGACAAACUGACCCUAGAUCUGCUGGCGGUUCACCGUGCCGUGAGGUCCAUCGCAGACCUCUACGAGCACCUUGACGAUGACAGUCAGGAGAACCUGUUUGCCUGCAGUACUGAAGCCCAGACUCAUCUAGUGAAGGCCACGUCUGCUGUUGAAAGGGCCGUGUUCAUUACCAUGCACUGGGUCUCCAGCAUUAAGCCCAGCUCUGAUUCAGUGUCUCUGAGAGCUGAGGAGCUCAAGACUGAGGUCAAGAAAAUUGGAGGCUACCUUCAGUUACUCAUUCAGGGCUGUGACUCGGAGAUCUCCUCCAUGGUAACAGAGGCCCAGAGGAAGGUUGCCAAGUGUAUGAACGUGGCUCUCAAAACCAUCGGUUUGCUGGCGGCAGUGAAUGGGACUGAUCUUCAUUUGACUGAACAUGGUUCAGAAAUCAUAGACAACAGGUCAGUUGUGGAUUCUUUGCGGGAUGGGAUGCGUCAGAGUGUGACUGAUCUUCUCCUCAUAGGUCAGAGGAUCACUACAGAAAUGCAGAGAGAUCUUUCAUCUGCUCAUAUACCGAUUCAGAAAUCCAACGCAAUGGAUGUCGCCAGCAGUCUGCAGAGCUACUUCCGCUGCUGUUUGUCGGAGAGGUCAGGCACUGCUGAGGAUUGUUCAGAGGAUGAUGAAGGCUCAGACUUGUGUGCCAUUCAGAACACCACCGCUAAACUCCUCAAGCUGAACCGAGCGAUCAAAGAUCUCCACUCAUCUUUGUUGCACUCUCUGAAGGGGAGGGGCAGCGACGCUGGCCUUAGUCAGACGAUACAGUCUCUGUCCAAGACAAUUGAUGAUGUCAUCAACGGCCUUCCAUACGAAAUGGCUGGAAGACGUUCCGACAGUCUCCAGCUUCCGUGUGAGAGGAACAUCAUGGCCUCCCGUGAUCAAGUGCACUCGGCGCUAAAGGCUUUGACAGCGGCGUUCGAUAAAAGCACAGACAGAAUACAGACGCUGGACACAGACAGAGAGUUUGUUCAACCAGGUUAUGGCAGCAGAAAUCGAACUGUUCCUAAAGUUGUGUAUUCUCUUUCCUCAGGCAUUAGCGCGUGUUCCAGAGAUGCCCGCUGGGUGUGAUUUGGAUAGCCACAGAUUUAAGUCAUGCACUAGUACUAGUCAUGUAUAUAACUAUAUUGGGUAUAAUGGUUAAUGCAAAGGUUGACUCACUUUUCAUUUUGAUAUAUUUACAGUAUGCACUCAUUCAGGCCUACAAUAGUUUGUUUGCAAAUUUUGUACGACCUGUAGAUUUAACUGUAGGAUUUUAAAGAAGGACGUAAUUGUAUAACUUAUGAAGAUGGGUUUCUGUGUAUUUUGCAAGUGAUCAAGCACCUAAGUCUUUUAUAACUCAUGCAGAAAAUAGUACUUCUAGAUAUAUAUUUGCACUUGAAACCUUUGCACAGGCUUGGGCGCACUGGUAUUUCACAAUAUCAUUUGCAUGGAGACUUGAUUUUUUGCAUUUGCAGUGGCAUUUACUCUGGAUCAUGUAAUUGUUCCACACUAAUUUAUACUUUCAGUAAUAAACACUCACU